CUAAGACUUUGCACAGGUCAACGGAAUGCAUCAAGGUUAUUACUCUGGCUGUCAUCAAUAUACAUUUUGCUCCUUACAAUGGCAAGCCCUCCUCAGCGAGUAACGAGAACAGCAGCUGUCCAGGGCAUAAAAAUCGUGUAUGACAGCUACGGUUUCGGCGACGAAGCCCUCGUUUUCAUCCAUGGAUGGUCCUGCAGUCGUCAAUUAUGGGCAUCCCAGAGUCCUCUAUACGAGACUCAUCGAUCCAUCUUGGUUGAUCUGCCGGGCCACGGUGACAGUGACUCCCCCCAUAUCGACUAUCAAAUUGAGCUAUUCGCACAUGCAGUCAAAGUCGUUGUGGAGCAGGAGAGGGUUCGAAAAGUCGUUCUCGUAGCGCAUAGCAUGGGAGGGCCCAUUGCCACCAUGUUCUUACGCCUGUUCGCUCCUUGUCCUGCUGCUGCUGUUGAUGCUCCUUCUUUGCAAAACAGCGUAAUAAUUGCCGGAAUCGUUUACGUAGACUCUUUUUUGCAUCUCCCAGAAAGCUACAUGACCUUACAACAGCGACAGAGCCUGGGAAAAAGCCUGGAAGACGACGACGCUUUUAUUGCCAAGGUCAACCGUCUUUUCACCUCCGACACGGGUGAGACUGUCCGCGAAACCGUUCUGAGAACGAUGCUGGCCACACCGAAGCAUGUGCGCGCAAGAGCUACUACGUCCAAAGUUAUACCCCAUGCUAUGGCUUAUGAUGAGGUCUACGGCCAAGUCCCUGCGAUCAAUAUUGUGGCGCCGAGUUGUCCCCCGGCUCAUGGGCAUUGGUUCCACCAUCUUCCAUUGUUGAAAAUUAAGAAAAUGACAGGAGUCAGUCAUUGGUUGUUUCUUGAGAAGCCGGAGCAAUUUAAUAUGGAGGUGGAGGGCUUUCUGAGGGAUAAUAACCUCCUUCUGAACACUAAUUAGUUGAGACGAAAUAGGAGCCGCUUGAGAUGGGAAGAUGAUCAUUAUCGAGUUGAACCAGCGUUUUGGAAAUAAUGCGAGAAUCGUAUCUCUUUAUUUGGGUACAUAUACUCUGUGACUAGACGCUGAAUGUCGAUAAACGCCUCCUGCUUGGCAAUAAGAUAUACGAAUUUGUACACCACUCUGCAGUUAAGCUAGAUGGGGCAUAGACCGCCAUCCGCAUUGAUGGUACUUGUAGGCUGUUUAGAGAUUUAAAUUGCAUAUGGAAAUAUUUAACUAGAAACUCAAUAUUGAAACCAUU